ACAACAAAAACGACAGCAACAACAAACGGUGGAACAAGUUUGGUUAAUAAUUUGAUCAAAAUAAAUAGCGUUGACAAAAUUGCAAAUAAAACAACAACAGCAGCGACGCAGGCAAUUAACAAUAAACACCAGCAGCAACAACACCAACAACAACAUCAUCAAAUUUUACAAAGACGCUCUUUGUUGCCACCAACAACAACAAUAUCAACGCAACAACAAAGCGUAACGACAGCAGCAGCAGCAGCACAGUCCUCAACAGCAGCAGCAGCCGCAGCAGUACAUCAACUUCAAACUGUGGCCACAAUACAUCAGCAACAUUCAACGCAGCAACACCAACACCUUCAACAACAACAACAACAGCAACAACAAUCUAUAACAACAACAGCGGCCACAUCUCGCCUACCCAUACAUCAGCAACAUCAUCAUCAUCAUCAGCAACAGCAACAGCAACAACAGCAAUCAACCAACCGCCGCAGUUUCUAUCAAUUGCAACAUCCAACAUUACGUACAACCAAUCUUAAGGCACCAGCACCCGCCCAUUCUAUACCACCACGCUAUCAGCCACCACCACAGCCAAGCAGUGGUAACGUUGGUAGCAGUGGCAUAUUGAAACCACAUUUACCCAUCAAAUAUCCACCGGAUAUACCACAACUUUCUGCCAUUUAUAUACCAGAUUCCAUCAAGCAACACCAACAGCAACAGCAGCAUCAACAUCAACAAUCCUCGAAGGCAGCACAGGAUAUGCUGAAAUUUGUACGCAAACCGGAACAAGAGCAUCCAUCACCGAAUGCCUCGGUGACAUCAUCCAGUGUGGUGGGUCACUCGGCCACUGGAAUACCAACUGCCAAUGGCACUGGACGCUUGACCAUCGAACAGAAUCGACAAUUGCAAUCGUUGGUCAACGAGCUGAGAGCAUUGAAAGAACAAAAUCAACGUCUCUUGGAUGAUAAUCAAGAGCUAAGAGAUUUAUGUUGCUUCUUGGACGAUGAUCGACAAAAGGGUCGAAAAUUGGCAAGAGAAUGGCAAAGAUUUGGUCGUUAUACAGCGAGUGUAAUGCGUCAGGAAGUGGCAGCCUAUCAGAACAAACUCCGUCAAUUGGACGACAAGCAACAGGAGCUUAUAACCGAUAAUCUAGAAUUGAAAGAACUUUGUCUUUAUCUGGAUGAAGAGCGUGCCCAUGUGGCGGCCAAUGCUUUAUGUGCUGGUUGCGGAGCAGCCACUCGAAAUGCCUUACGCGACGAUGGCGAUGGCUCCAGCUCAAGCACAAAUGCGGAUGAGACCAUAACAGCUUUGCGUAACUAUGCGGAACAGAGACAACUGCCGCAGGAUUUGCGACAUGCUCAUACCUUAAAUGAUCAGACGCUUCAGUAUGUACGCUCGCUGGAGAGGCGCAUACAACAGCUGGAAGAGGAACGUAGUACGCCAACAAUUAGCCAACAGCAGCAGCAGCAGCAGCAGCAACAUCAGCAAUCUACACCACAAUCAACCACUCCCACACCAGCACCACCUAAAACGGCACCAUCACCGCAUCCACAUCCGCAUCCGCAGGAAACCAAUAACCAAGCAUCAGCAGCAGCAGCAGCGGCAGCGGCGGCGGCAGUGGCAGCAGCUGCGGCAGCUGCUGCAUCAGUACAAUUGCCUGGACGUCCGGAGGCUGUUGUCCGGGCAUUGCAAGUAUUGGAGGUUCGCGAGCAAUUGGAACGCGAUCGUUUGGGCAAUUUAGCUGGCAGUGCCAUCGAUCAGAUGGAUGAUGGCGAAAAGGCAUUGGUCCGUGAGAUGUGUAAUGUAGUCUGGCGUAAACUGGAAGGAAGUCCGCAUGGUCCGGCAGCCUUAGAGCCGCUCUAAGCAUCUAAAGGCAUCAUAAACACACACACACACGGAAAAACAUACUUCUCCUUCACACUUGGCUAACACUUUAGAAUCUAAGGUUUAAUGCUAAUUUAUGCCGUAAUAUUUAACCCGACACAAACACAUUGUACAAAGUUCAACAACAACAACAAAAACAAAAAA